AUGACAUCAACCCCCUACGUCACCACCCCCAUCACCAACUCCCCUGACUCUCGACCCCCCUACGAUGAGCACGGCCGCUUGACCUCCCCACACCCCGUGCGCUUCCCGCCCACUCCUCCCUUCACAGGCUUCAACACCCCCCUCCGCGCUCCCCACCUCUCUCUCCCCUACCUCCCCAUCUCCGGCCAGAUUCCCGCGGGACUAAACGGGACCUUCUACCGCGUCCAACCCGAUCGGUUUUUCCCUCCUCUGUACGCGAACGACAUACACUUUAAUGGGGACGGCGCCGUGACAGCUAUUAGUCUGUUGGGGCCGGGAGCUCCUGUCGCUCCUAUCGCUCCAGAGCCAGGCACAGGAGCCUCAGGAGGUGAUGCAGACCAAGCGCAAGCAGGAACAGGAACAGCCACCCUCCUCCACCGCUACGUCCAAACCACCCGUUUUGUCACGGAACAACUCCACGGCCGCGCCCUUUUUGGCUCUUAUCGGAACCAAUUGACCGAUGAUCCCUUGGUCCAGAAGCAGAAAAUGGACAGGACUGUGUCUAAUACUAAUGUUGUUUUCUGGCGCGGGGCGCUGUUGGCGAUGAAGGAGGAUGGAUUACCGGUUGCGUUGGAUCCGGAGACUUUGGAAACCCAAAAACGGGGGUGGGAUUUUGAGGGGCAGGUGAGGAGUCCUACUUUUACGGCGCAUCCAAAGAUUGUGCCCAAGGUUACGAAGGCAAAGGGGGCGAGGGGAGAUGCAGGUGCUGGUGAGGGAGGUGGUGCAGAGCGGAACGGGAUAAGGAACGAAGGACAGGAAAUGGUCUGUUUUGCUUAUGAAGCCGGCGGGGAACCGGGCGAUUGUUCGGUAGACUGUGUAGUGUGGACCAUUGAUGAAGAGACUGGCAAGAAGUUGGGGGAGAGGUGGUUCAAAGCACCUUUUGCGGGAAUGAUUCAUGAUUGUGGAGUGUCCGAGAACUGGGUGGUCUUGCCUCUGACUCCCCUAAAGAUGGAUUUGGAGAGAAUGAAGAGAGGCGGCGAGAAGUUCGCUUGGGACCCCGAAGAAGAUCAGUGGUAUGGCGUUGUACCGAGAGAUGGGAACGACGAAAACGGGGAGGUGGUUUGGUUCAGGGCUGAUAAUGGCUUCCACGGCCACGUAGCCGGCUGCUACGAGCUCCCCUCAGGAGAAAUAAUCAUCGACCUCACCGUCGCCGACAACAACGUCUUCUACUGGUUCCCUCUAGACCCCAAGAUCACUCCCUCCGCCCCUCCCCUCGACCCCAAAGUCCCACUUAGACCGAACAAACUCACCUCCCCCACCAUGCGCUGGAUCAUCGAUCCCCACGCGGCUCGUUCCCCCUUCGUCACCCCGCAAGGUGACACCAUCCUCGUUGCAGACACCCGCCUCACACCUGCAGUGGUCUGGCCCACAAACGGCGAGUUCUCUCGCAUCGACGAGCGCUACAUCACCAAGCCCUACAGACACUUCUGGCAAGCGGUCGUCGACCCUAGUAGGCCUUACGAUUUCGAGAAGUGUGGACCACCGGCUGGCGGACUGUUUAACUGCUUGGGACAUUUCACUUGGUCUGAUGCGCACUUUCACUCCUCCUCACCUUUGGGAUCAGACCCGGACCCCUCUACUUCUACUUCCACGGCUGCCCCAGUCCCACCUUCAGUCCCAACCGGAAGGAGUGGUAACGGUGUCAGAACGGGCCCAGCUGCACCAUCUGCACCACCCACCCACACACCUGCACCCCCCUCCACCUCAUCCAGCCCCUCAUCCAGCCCCUCCUCCCCCUACGGACCCUACGGCACAUCCGACAUCUACCACGCCUCACCCACAACCACCUUCCAAGAACCAACGUUCAUCCCAUCACCCAACAGCAAGAAGGAAGGAGAAGGGUACAUAAUCGCCCUCCUAAACCACCUAGACCAGCUGCGCAACGACGUAGUCAUCUUCGACGCUUUGAACCUGGCGCAAGGGCCGGUGGCGGUGAUCCAUCUGCCCAUGAAGUUGAAGUUGGGGUUGCAUGGGAAUUGGGUGGAUAGGAAGGAGGUGGAGGGGUGGAAGGCCCAGGGACGGCUUGCUUUGGGUGCUGGUGCUAAGGGUAAGGAGGGGGGGGAGGAGGGUGCAGGUGUG